ACUGCCCUUUUACACAUAGUUAGAUGUUGAUGUACAUCUGGGCAGUUACAACAAUGUGAAACUGAAACUUUAAGAAAAGAGCUACAGAAGCAAGUGGACUCUUAAGACUGUAACAAAGCAGAUGAAACAGGAUUUGGAUGACUUCACGCUAACAUGAUGUUAAGAAUGAAAUCUUGGAUGUAUUUUUCCUUUGUAUUCAUACUACUUGUUUCCCUUCAGUCAUGGCAAGUUUUGGCUCCUCCUGCAAAGAGUAUUCCAUUACCUCAUACAAAGUGCUGCCUACCCAGCAAGAUGAAAACUCUGCCAACCCAGUUUAACCCUAAGUCCAUAAAAACAUUUCAAAUUUUAUGGAAUACAUGUGAUAAUAUGAACAAAAUUGUUGAAUUUACAAUGAAGAGUGGGAGAAAAAUUUGCACUAAAUAUGAAUGGGGGCAACCACUGAUACACAAACUGCAAACAAUCACACCAAUUAGUAUGAAUCCUAGACAUGAAAGCACUAAAGUUAUAUCCAGCCCAACUACUCACAGCACAACUACAACUCCUCUAUCUGCAGUGAGCACUACUGGUGAAAGUACAACAAUUACCACCUACACAGCUACUCACAAAAUAACUAUGGUGGUUCCAUCUGCAGUGAAUCCUAGAGUUGAUGGUACAACAGUUACUAAGUACGCAGUUAAUCACAACACCACUACAACUCCUCCAUCUGUAGUAAAUACCAGUGGUGAAAAUACAAUUAUCAGCUACCCAGCUACUCACAACACAACUAGGUCAUUUCCAUCUUCAGUGAAUCCUAGUGGUGAUGGUAUAAUAAUCACCACUUACAAAGCUACUCACAAAGCAACUACAACUCCUCCACUUAUGGUAAAUACCAUCAGUGAAAGUACAACAAUUGCAACCUACCCACCUUCUCACAACAUAGCUAUGGUGUUUCCAUCUGCAGUGAAUCCUAGAGGUGAUGGCACAACAAUUACCACCUACACAGCUACUCACAACACAACUACAACUGCUCCAUCUGCAGUGAAUACUAGCGGUGAAAGUACAAUUACCACCUACUCAUCCACUCACAAAACAAAUAUGGCAUUUCCGUCUGCAGUGAAUCAUAUUAAUGAUGGUACAACAAUUACUACCUUCACAGCUACUGACAACACAACUAUAAUGCCUUCAUCUUCAGUGAAUACUAGCAGUGAAAGUACAAUUACCACCUACACAACUCUUCAGAACACAACUAUGGCAUUUUCAUCUGCAGUGAAUCCUAGUGGUGAUAGUACAAUUACUACCAUCACAGCUAAAGACAAUACAACUAAGGGUUUUCCACCUGCAAUGAAUCCUAGUGGUGAUGAUAUAACAAUUACCACCUACACAGCUAAUGACAACACAGGUAAAGUAUUUCCAUCUGCAGUGAAUCCUAGUGGUGAUAGUACAACAAUUACUACCAUCACAGCUAAAGACAAUACAACUAAGGCUUUUCCACCUGCAAUGAAUCCUAGUGGUGAUGAUACAACAAUUACCACCUACAAAGCUAAUGACAACACAGCUAAAGUAUUUCCAUCUGCAGUGAAUCCUAGUGGUGAUAGUACAACAAUUACUACCAUCACAGCUAAAGACAACACAACUAAGGGUUUUCCACCUGCAAUGAAUCCUAGUGGUGAUGAUACAACAAUUACCACCUACACAGCUAAUGACAACACAGCUAAAGUAUUUCCAUCUGCAAUGAAUCCCAGUGGUGAUGGUGCAAUAAUUAUUACCUAUACAGUUACUCAAAACACAACUACAAGUCCUUCUUCUACAGUGAAUAUUAGUGGGGAAAAUACAGCAAUUACCACCUACACAGCUACUCAGAACACAACUAUGGCAUUUCAAUCUGCAGUGAAUCCUAGUGGUGAUGAUAAAACAAUUACUACCAUCACAGCUAAUGACAAUACAACUAAGGUUUUUCCACCUGCAAUGAAUCCUAGUGGUGAUGAUACAACAAUUACCACCUACACAGCUAAUGACAACACAGCUAAGGUGUUUCCAUCUGCAAUGAAUCCUAGUGGUGAUGGUGCAACAAUUAUUACCUACACAGCUAUUCAAAACACAACUACAAGUCCUUCUUCUACAGUGAAUAUUAGUGGGGAAAAUACAACAAUUACCACCUACACAGCUACUCAGAACACAACUAUGGCAUUUCUGUCUGCAGUGAAUCCUAGUGAUGAUGGUACAACAAUUACCACCUACACAGCCAAUGACAACACAACUAAGGUGUCUUCAUCUGCAGUGGACCUUAGUGGUGAUGAUACAACAAUUACCACCUACACAGCUAAUCAAAACACAGCUAAGGUGUUUCCAUCUGCAAUGAAUCCUAGUGGUGAUGGUGCAACAAUUAUUACCUACACAGCUACUCAAAACACAACUACAAGUCCUUCUUCUACAGUGAAUAUUAGUGGGGAAAGUACAACAAUUACCCCCUACACAGCUACUCAGAACACAACUAUGACAUUUCUAUCUGCAGUGAAUCCUAGUGUUGAUGGUACAACAAUUAUCACCUACACAGCCAAUGACAGCACAACUAAGGUGUUUCCAUCUGCAGUGAAUCCUAGUGGUGAUGAUACAACAAUUACCACCUACACCACUAAUCACAACACAACUAAGGUGUUUCUAUCUGCAAUGAAUCCUAGUGGUGAUGGUGCAGCAAUUAUUACCUACACAGCUACUCAAAACACAACAAUUCCUUCAUCUGCAGUGAAUACUAGUGGUGAAAGUACAAAUGCCACCUAUACAGCUACUCACAACACAACUACAGCUUAUCCAUCUGCAGCAAACACCAGCAGUAAAAGUACAAUUACCACCUACACAGCUACUUACAACACAACUGCAGCUCACUCAUCUGCAGUGAAUACUAGUGGUGAAAGUACAACAAUUAUCACCAAUUCAGCUGCUCACCACACAACUGUGACUCCUUCAUCUAUAGUGAAUGCUAGUGGUAAUGGUGCAACUAUCACUUACUCAGCAGGUAAAGAAAGUACGUAUGUAACAACUAAAAAAGACACAGCAAUUUUUCAACUUCUCAGCAGUGUUACAAAUCAAAUUACUGACAAUUCAAAUUAUAUUGUUCUUACUACUGAAUCACCCAAUGACAUAAAUCAAAACCUUAACCUUAAAGUGUGCAGUAAUGUUACAGUCAAGAUGGGUAUCAAUCCAGCUGUAAAGAAACUCACUGCAUGGAACUUAUCCUUCAGAUCUUCAAAAACAGUUAACAUUACAGUUAUAUUUCAUUUAGGGGUAUCUGUCAUGUACCACAUUAAAGGAAGCCAUGCAGAAGGUCCAAAAACUGAAGUCUUUAGUACAUCAUGUAACACAUGCAGCAUGAAAGAAAAAAAAAUAAAUUGUCUGUUUUGCCAAAAUUUAAAUACUACAAAGGCUGAUAUUUCUAUAAAACAAAUUAUUAUUAAACACAGUAAAACAAUGCAGGCAAACCUUUCAGCAGGCAGACUAAAUGGCAAUACCUCAAAACUGAAUACUACUGUAACAAGGAGUACUGGAAACAAUGACUCACAGAAGAGCCCACCAAUUUCAAAUAUUACCACAACAAUUGAUGCCAUGAAAAACAGUGGACUGCAGGAAGGAGACACUGGAGAAAAUGUAACAAACGUAAGCAGUUUAUCUAGCAAGCUGGGCAAUGAAACAAAACAGAAUGAGGACCUCAUAUCUGUUAAGGAACAGGGAAUACAGCAGGGAGAUAAGUUGUUCAUUUAUGACAGUGGAGUAAAACAAAACUGCACUCUGCCUGUUAUACUUGGGAAAGCUCCAGCAAAUAUUCCAAAACAAUUUCAAAUAAAUAGUAAAUUAACUCAACGCAUUCCGUACAAUAUGCACAUGACUAUGAAAAGAAAGGUUAACAUACUGACUCAUCUUUCUCUCAAGCACAAUUUCGUGAUAAAGAAAGAUAAGCUCAGAAAAAAAGAUAGAAAAUAAGACUGGGAAGAGUAGAGUUACAUUUGUAGGCUGUUUUGUAAUUAUAUGACAUGAUACCUAGUUUACUAAAUUUAAGAAAUAAGUAUCCACUGGUAAGGAAUUUGCCUUGUUAACCAGCCCAAUUUCCUGUUCUUGUGGGGACUUGAACCCAGGAAUGACAACAAUGAAAAAGGGGGUUUCACAUUAGAUUGUGUGAGUUAGUAUGGAUUACCCUGUUGAUAUGAAGGUAGAGGCACUGAUGUUUCCAAAAAUACAGUUUAAGAAUACUUCCAGCUAAAUAAUUUUCACAGACCUCUUGAGAAGUUAAAAUAACACUUUAUUCUUUGAAGCUUUAAUGAAUGUUUUCAUCUGCUAAUUAACUUCAUCUGAAAAUAGAACAAAAUACAACCAACGGGUGAUCCACAAAUUUAAUCUAUAACACACUUUCUUCCUCUGACGUCUCGGCCGUAGCCUUCAAGGAGUAAAAAACCACAAGAACACACACAUUUUAUAUACCAACAGUUGAAAAUUGCAUAAUUAGUUAAUUACCCACUUAAAAACUUUAACAGAAUGAGACAAUAAAACAAUAAAACAAUAAAAUAAUUAAAUUAAUGCCCUCCAGUUCAUUUCUUCAUUUAAUCCAUGAGGGAAUAAAGUGCCAAACUUUAGAAUAUAAAUAGCCUCCUUAGAUAAUAAUUGUUGUUUGAGACUAUUAGUAUCAAAACAAGAAACUUUCACUUUUUCCAAAACUGUUCCUCGUAACCCUUCAUUUUUACCUUCAAUUUUCAUCUGAAAAUAGGCCUAAAAUACAACUUGUAUCAUAUUUAAGUAUAACAUGUUAAAGUGACUUAAAUGCAAGUUACAGUUUUUUGUUAUUGUUUGGUCUGACCCUAGAGGUAGGUCUUGGGCAUAUAGUCAAAAAGAUUGCUGCAAACUGCUGAAGAAUAAAAUAAAUGACAGUGACUCCUCAUGGACAUGACUUAUGAGUCCUCCAGAUUCACAGAUUCAGCCAAAGGAAAAAAAAACAUGAUUCCACUUCGAAGAGCUAGUCAGUCUGAGUCAGAAUGCGUGAUGGACCAGUGCACUCCCUCUAUUAAAAAAUCUAUGUACUUCUGUGAUGUUUAAAAAAAAU